GCCCCUACAGAGGUGGACAUAUAUGAAUUUUAGUAACACAAAAGAAGAAUUCAUUUAAAAAGAACUCAUUAAAUAGAAAAACAAAUAAAAUUGAUGGUGGUGUGUUUGGAAAUAGAACUUAUUAAUCAAUGGUGAAGAGAAGGAGAGGAAGAUGGCUAAAUAGUUCACUUCUUCACAUAUAUAAAGGGCCCAGAUUGCCACCACUACUAGCUACUUCUCAUUCCUUUCCUUUCCUUUCCCAUACCUUCACUUCUUUUUCUUCCAACUCAAAGCCAACUUCCCAACAAUAAUACCCUUUUCCUAAGAAACCCAUACAAAGAAAAAAGAAACAGCAACAUCAAAAUUGCACUUUCCUCUCCCUUUGUCAUGGAAAACCAACAACACCAGCAGCAGCUUCCUGCCAUGAGAUCAAGGUUCAGGCGCGUCUGUGUGUUCUGUGGCAGCAGCGCCGGCAAGAACCCAAGCUACCAGCUCGCCGCUCUUCAGUUAGCCAAAGAACUGGUUGAGAGGGAGAUUGACUUGGUUUAUGGAGGAGGAAGCAUUGGGCUCAUGGGCCUCAUCUCUCAAGCCGUCUAUGAAGGUGGCCGCCACGUUCUCGGGGUGAUUCCCAAGACUCUCAUGCCUAGAGAGAUUACUGGAGAAUCCGUCGGGGAUGUCAAACCGGUAUCGGGGAUGCAUCAACGCAAAGCCGAAAUGGCUCGUCAGGCCGACGCAUUCAUCGCCCUUCCAGGUGGAUACGGGACCCUCGAAGAGCUCCUGGAAGUCAUCACCUGGGCUCAACUCGGGAUUCACGACAAACCCGUGGGUUUGUUGAACGUUGAUGGAUACUACAACUCAUUACUAUCGUUCAUCGACAAGGCCGUGGACGAAGGGUUCGUUGCCCCGGCUGCCCGUCACAUUAUCAUCUCUGCCCAAAAUGCCCAUGACCUCAUGGUCAAGCUCGAGGAAUAUGAAGCGCAGCAUUGUGGUGUAGCAUCGAAGUUGAACUGGGAGAUGGAGCAGCAAUUGGGUUACACAAUCAAGUCAAACAUAGCCCGUUGACUUACUGGAGAAGAAUUUUACAUCCUUAUAAAAUGUAGUUUGUCUGUUUACGAGUAUUUUUUACUGUAGUAUCUAAUUGUAAUUUACUAAUUUGUUAAUAGUUUAGGGUACCUUUUCAACGUGGUAAUUUCUAUGAUAGGGUUUGUUUGCGUUUUUACCCUUAUUGGUUAUUUCUCUCUUGGCCACUUGUAGGUGAUGAUUACUAUUAUUUGCCAUUUGGGGCUUGAACAAGUUUUGUAAAUUUUUGUAAUUGGUAAUACAAAUAUAUGAAUAAGAUUUUCGACCGUGAUUAAGCAAAAUGUUAAUGCUUGGAUCUAUUUUUUUAAUAUAUUUUUAAUUAUUGGGCUAGGGUUGGCUACAGAUUGCUUUCAGAGCAAAGGGGGAUCGAUGGGGAUGUUUGCAUGUAUGCCUAAAAUGAGCAAACAGUUGUUGUUCAUUUCGAUCGACUGUUGCUUUGGUCUGCAUAUCAAUUGCCAUGUUCAGUUAUGGAAUUCCUUGUUUCUUAUCUAAUGAAGAUAAUGAGCUUAU